AGGCGUCACCAGUUGCAUGAUUUAUAAUAGUUGGUGGCUUUAGUUCGCAAGAUACGUUUCCAUUUUCUAAUAAUAAAUAUGUUUAUUCUUGAAUAGCAUUAUUCAAACCGGAUCAACUCAAGCAAAACGUAUAUUAGGAAUGUGUUACGUAAACGGCCAGUGAUCCAUUCUUGUUAUCUUAAAUGUAUGCCACUCAUUAACAGUAGAAGGACAUUUUAUGUUAUUAAAGUCCCGAAGUGUGAAAUUUAGAACAUAAGUGUUCGGGUAAAAAAUAGUGAUUCGGAUAAUAAUUCAUUUAUGUGUGCGUUCGUAGUAAUGAACUGCUGACGUCCGAUAAUUGGGCAACAACGCCUGAGCACCAACUCCAAAAAAUCAAAUACAAGUAUUCUAUUGUAAAUGAUAGAGAUGAAGGGAACAAACAUUUGCUGUUCGGGAACGUUUGGGCGAUGCCUCAAAAGAGAGGCCCUUCUGCUCAUAACCUUAGUCGCAGUGGGACUCGGUUUUGGCAUUGGCUUCGCAGUCAGGACUGUUGGUCCCUCGGACACCGCUCUUAUGUGGAUGGGUUUACCCGGUCAGUUGUACCUGCGAGCCUUGCGUCUCAUGAUUGUGCCUUUGAUCAUUUGCAGCGUUAUUGUAGGUACGGCGUCACUCGAUGCCAAACAAAACGGCAAGAUAACAAUUGUAUCGUUUAUCUACAUUUUUGUCACCAACAUGAUCGCCACCAUCCUCGGAAUUCUUGGCUGGCUAGUCUUUCAGCCUGGGAAAGGAGGCGUUGGCCUUACUUCGAAUAAAAAGGUUGAAGAGAAUAAGAUAGAGACACAUGAUAUCUUUGCUGACCUUAUAAGAAAUAUCUUCCCGAGUAACCUGUUUGAGGCGACCUUUCAGCAAGAUCAGACUAACUACCAGAAGGAGAUGAAUACCGUGUCUCCCGAUUCAAACACGACUGUUGUCACCAUCACAAAUCAACUUGGGAAAACUGGUGGCGCAAACCUUCUUGGGCUUAUAUUUGUUUGCAUCGUGGUCGGCAUUGCAGCCUCCGCCUUGAAGGAAAAGGGGAAACCGUUUAUUCUCUUCUUUGAUUCUGCUUCCGCCAUUGUAACCAAGGUUAUUCGUUGGUUCAUGUGGUUGACGCCGAUUGGAGUGUUAAGUCUGAUCCUAGCAACAGUUGCUAGUCUUGAUGACGUCGGUGCUGUUUUCAGGGAACUCAGUCUCUUUAUUGGAGCCGUAGUUGUGGCACUUGUGGUUCAGCAAGGGGUUGUUUUACCACUAAUCCUCUUUUUGACCACGAGGAACAACCCCCUUGUCCAUCUCCAAAAAAUUGGUCGCCCAUGGAUUAUUGCCUUUUCAACAGCUAGCUCCGCAAUAUCAACCCCUGAGAUGAUUUACUCCUGUGAGCACCUGUUGAAGAUCGACAGUCGCAUCACCCGUUUUGUUAUCUCAUUUUGUUUGACCUUGAGCGCGAACGGGUCAGCCUUGUUCAUAGCUUGCUCCUGUCUCUUUAUCUGGAACCUGACGGGCGAAGAACCUACCGCCGGUGACGUGAUUACAUUUGGAUUACUUGUGACAGUUUCGUCUUUAGCCAUUCCUUCUGUGCCGAGCGCUUCCAUUGUAACCAUAGUAAUGCUCCUUGAUUCUUUGAGCAUUCCUGGAGAGGCAACUGCGUUGUUGUUUGGUCUGGAAUUUCUUCUAGACCGACUCCGGUCAACGAGUAGCGUAUCCAGUAACACAAUAUGCGCCGCUGUGACUGCCCACUUUUGCGAAGUGCCUAGAAACUCAUCUGCAAAUAACAUUGAGAUAAUCAUCAGUGUCGAAGAGAAGGAAAACAUGAUUGAUAGAUCUGAGGAAUCCACUGUUGCUAAGCUUUAAAUUGAUAAGGAUUUUCGUGUUAAUUUUAUAUAUCUUUAAGGUUCUUGAAUAAACAAAACCACUUU